CGCCCUCAGGCCGCUGGGGCUCCAUCAAACAGCCUGUGUUGUGUUCGCUGGCCGCAUCAGCUGUUAACGGAACAAACUGCAUCUUCGAUACAAUUGCAAUAAUUUAACGGAGAGACGCCUGUUUAUUACUUCAGAUUGCCUUUAGACACCGUAAGCCGCCUCCUUCAUAGAUAUUAACAGGAGGGUCUGCAGUCAUGUUCUACACCUGUGGUCCCAACGAGGCGAUGGUGGUGUCAGGGUUCUGUCGCUCUCCUCCGCUGAUGAUAGCUGGAGGCAGAGUGUUUGUCAUCCCAUGCAUUCAGCAGAUCCAGAGGAUUUCCCUGAACACUCUGACUCUGAAUGUGAAGAGUGAUAAGGUCUACACUCGCCACGGUGUCCCCAUCUCCGUGACAGGAAUAGCCCAGAUGAAGAUCCAGGGCCAGAACAAGCAGAUGUUAGCUGCAGCCUGCCAGAUGUUCAUGGGGAAGUCUGAGCCGGAGAUCGCUCAUAUCGCCCUGGAGACUCUGGAGGGGCACCAGCGGGCCAUCAUCGCCCACCUCACCGUUGAGGAGAUCUACAAGGACCGUAAGAAGUUCUCCGAGCAGGUGUUCAGGGUGGCGUCCUCUGACCUGGUCAACAUGGGCAUCAGCGUGGUGAGCUACACGCUCAAAGACGUUCACGAUGACCAGGAUUACCUGCAUUCACUGGGAAAGGCUCGAACAGCCCAGGUUCAGAAAGACGCUCGCAUCGGAGAGGCCAGGAAUAAGAGGGAUGCUGUGAUAAGGGAAGCUCAUGCGAUGCAGGCCAAAAUCUCAGCUCAGUAUAAGAAUGAGAUCGACAUGGCAAAGGCCCAGCGGGACUAUGAGCUGAAGAAGGCCGCCUACGACAUGGAGGUCAACACCAAAAAGGCCGAGUCAGAGAUGGCCUACCAGCUGCAGGUUGCAAAGACGAAGCAGCGCAUCGAGGAGGAGAAGAUGCAGGUCCAGGUGGUGGAGCGCACGCAGCAGAUCACCCUGCAGGAGCAGGAGAUCACUCGCAGGGAGAAGGAGCUGGAGGCCAAGGUCAAGAAGCCUGCGGAGGCGGAGCGGUACCGCCUGGAGAAGCUGGCGGAGGCGGUGCGCCUCAAACUGAUAAUGGAGGCAGAAGCUGAAGCUGAAUCCAUCAAGAUCAAAGGUGAGGCGGAGGCGUUCGCGGUGGAGGCCAAAGGUCGCGCUGAGGCGGAGCAGAUGGCGAAGAAGGCAGAGGCCUUCCAGCAGUACAGGGACGGAGCCAUGGUGGACAUGCUGCUGGAGAAGCUGCCUCUGAUGGCAGAAGAGAUCAGCAAGCCGCUGUGUGCAGCCAACAAAAUCACCAUGGUGUCCAGCGGCGCUGGGGAGGUGGGCGCAGCCAAGCUGUCGGGAGAGGUGCUGGACAUCAUGACGCGCCUCCCUGACGCCGUGGAGAAGCUGACCGGCGUCAACAUCUCCCAGGUGAGCUCUCGUACCGGCUGAACAGAAUCAAGCAGGACCAGGCAGGUGCUUCUGUCCCAUCGGCUGCCUGGACAUGAGUCAAACACGCUGUCCGUCAUCCUGAUACCUGACUGUGUCAUCGCUCAGCUGUGACCUUCUGUGAACAGGUUUAGUUUUAGUUAGAGAUGCUCCAACAGCGUCUUCACUUUAAAUCACAACAGCUGUAACUUUGUUUCCUGUCUCACGUCUUUUAAAGCGUAUUCUGUCUUGUUAGUGUCACAUGGAUUCAAACCAUCUGUGUUUACAUUACAUGUCUUUUCUAUCUGCACACUGAACCUAAGUGCAUCUUAACAACAGCAUUGAACACACUUCAUUUACUAAAACUACUAACAGUGGGUGACACUGACCUGCAGCAUGUGGUGUCGCUGUCACUUUAUUCAUUCACAGAAUGAAAGGCCAUUUCUUUAUCUUAGAGUUUACAUGUAGAUGAAUAAUCCCAAAUAACCAUCAAGUAUAGAUGUACUGUCUAAGUAUUUGUAGCAUCUAUUAUACUUUUCUGUAAAUAUUCUGCUGUAGAACUGAGACCAGUGUAAAAUGCUCAACAAUCACGUUCACAGACCGAAUGAUUUAGAUUCAGAUUCAGUUUAUGUUAUAAUAUAGAAGUUAAUAACAGAUACAGGAUCUAUUAUAAUAGUAGAAAUCAUGGUACAUUUAGGAGACUUUCCUUGUUUCUAAAUCGUCUUAAGCUGAUACUGUCAUCCUCGACCUCAUCAUAACCUCUGGCUCUGAAAACAUAUUUGUUUCAGUCAUUUGUUUUCUGUGUGUGCAUACGUUUUAGAGUAUUAACAACAAACCUGCUUUUAUUUAUUUUAUUUAUUUGUUUAAAUGCAUGUAACCAACAAUGUUUGUUUGUUUUUAUCUAUGUCUAUCUUCAUGUGAGCAUAAUAUUGAUUUAUUUAAGGAUGAACGCUGUUUAUUAUGUGCACGCAUCAAUACCUGUCACACUUCAGCCGUCAUUUAAUCUUUGAAGAAGCUCUGAUGGAACAACCAAAGUAGAAGGUUACCAGUUAUAUAGUGAUAUAGCAGGACGUGUGCUUUUGUAAUGUAAUGUUUAGCAAAAUAUUAAAGGUGGCGCUCUGUGUAUUUAUACAGUAUAUAUUUGAUAUUUCCUACAGUAUCAGUGUAGCACGAUUUAAUCCACAACUAACAGCCUCUGUGUUAACCCUGUGUUGUUUUUACCUGCUGUGGUGAACCUUUCACUGUGUUGCAUUUUAUAUCAGGGAUUUUAUGUUUUAAACUCUCAUUCUAAAAUCCUGUAGCUACUAAAUUUACUGUGCUUGUCGUUAAACUGCAAAUCAAGUUUGUUUCUUGUUUGUGUACACAUCGGAUUGGAGAAUUUUAUUUUUGCUGUAGUUUUAUUUUUUGCUCAAAAAACUGUUAUUUUAUUUACACCACAGAAAAAACAAAUCUCACAUGCUGGAGAUCCUAAUAAACGACCUUUAAAACGUG